AUGAAGCUGACGGUGAAGACUCUCAAGGGCACCCACUUCGAGAUCCGGGUCCAGCACAAUGACACCAUUAUGGCUGUCAAGAAGAACAUUGAAGAGAUUCAAGGAAAGGAUAGUUAUCCGUGGGGUCAACAACUGCUGAUUCACAAUGGCAAGGUUUUGAAGGAUGAAAGCACAUUGGAUGAAAAUCAAGUUAGCGAAGAUGGAUUUCUAGUUGUCAUGCUUAGUAAGAGUAAAGCUUCUGCUUCCAGUGGAGCUUCAUCUGCCCAGCCUUCAAGCACUCCUGUUACCAGUCAAGCACCUCCAGUUGCUCAACCACAAGCUCCUCAGCCCCAGGUCCCAUCAACUACGACUUCUCAGCCUGAAAGACCAUCCGUGGAGACCCCUUCAAGUACAGUUGAUCUUGCAGCAUCGGAUUUACUGUCAGGAAGCAAUCUGGACACAAUGAUUAACCAGAUAAUGGAGAUGGGGGGUGGCAGUUGGGACAGAGAUAAGGUCCAAAGAGCUCUCCGUGCUGCUUAUAACAAUCCAGAACGUGCCAUUGACUAUCUGUACUCUGGUAUUCCAGUGACAGCCGAAGUUGCUGUUCCGGUGGUUGGUCAAGGGGCAAACACCACUGAUGCAGCUCCUGGAGAAACCGGCUUCUCUGGAAUCCCAAACACAGCACCAUUAGAUCUUUUCCCACAGGGGGCUUCCCAUGCUGGAGGUGCUGCUGGGGGUGGAUCACUUGAUUUUCUUAGAAAUAACCAACAGUUUCAAGCGCUUCGGGAAAUGGUCCAUACAAAUCCACAAAUUUUACAGCCUAUGCUCCAGGAAUUGAGCAAGCAGAAUCCUCAACUUCUGAGGUUGAUUCAGGAGAACAAUGAUGAGUUCCUUCAGUUACUAAAUGAGACAUUUGAUGGCGGCGAUGGGGACUUUUUAGAUCAGGCUGACCAGGAUGAGAUGCCUCAUGCUAUCAGUGUAACACCAGAAGAGCAAGAGGCAAUUGGGAGCUGGAAGCCAUGGGGUUUGAGAGAGCACGUGUCAUCGAAGCAUUCUUCGCCUGCGACAGGAAUGAGCAACUCGCUGCAAACUAUCUUCUUGAGCAUGCUGGUGACGAAGAAUAGAGAAAAUUUAGUUCACAUUGGGUUACUUGCAUUGCGAAUUUGA